AGGGCUCGUCGCUGGGUCUGGACCGGGACGAGGGCGCGAUCGGACGGCUCAAGUGAAGGCGCAUCCAGGGCUUCCUUUCCCUCCGUCUACCACCUCAUCCCCCUUUCUUUCUCGUCCUCUCUUGAGAUGAGGAGAUAAUCACCUGUGGAGCGACAGUUUGAGAUUGCAAAGAGCUUUGACAGGAAAGAGGAAGGAUGCUGGGGUUGAAGGCCUUCAUGCUCUGUCUUGUUUUUGGAGCCCUGACCCGCGCUCAGAGUGCAGAAUGCAGCCGUAAGAACGAAUGUCCCAUAGACCUUUACUUCACCAUAGACACAUCGGAGACCAUCGCCCUGCAGGAGUCACCCCCCGGAGCGCUGGUGGAAGGCAUCAAGACCUUCGUUUCUACGCUGGUGAACCGCCUUCAAGAUGAAGAAAUCAGAGGUGUUGUACGAGUCAACUGGAACACUGGAGGACUUCACUUUUCCCAGACACAAAGAGUUAUCAGCCGCAUUGGACCCAGGGAUGAUUUCCUCAGAAGUCUCGACCAAAUCCGAUAUUUAGGUAAGGGCACCUACAUCGACUGCGCCCUGAGAAAGAUGUACGAGGAGAUGGACCAGUUUCCCUCCAGCCCCUCAGCUCUUCGUUUUGCUGUGGUCAUCACCGAUGGUCAUGUGACCGGGAGCCCUUGUCGAGGCCUCAAAGUGGCUGCGGAGGAGGCCCGUGAUAAGGGCAUCCGCAUAUUCGCAGUGGCAGCAUCUUCAAAUAUUGAUGAGACCGGUUUGAGGGAGAUCGCUUCCUCGCCAGCCACCGUCUACAGGGACAAGUUCAUGGCCGUGGAUCUGAGCUUUGGAGCCAGGACUCAUGAACCAACAAUCAACCGCAUCAUCAAGACGAUGAAACAAGUGGCAUAUGCUGAGUGUUACAAAGUGUCCUGUCUGGAGACGGAAGGACCUCCUGGUCCAAAAGGCAACAGAGGACAGAAAGGAGCAAAAGGAGACUUCGGUCAGCCAGGACAAAAAGGAGAGAGGGGUCGUCCAGGAGACCCUGGUAUUGAAGGUCCUAUUGGUCAACCUGGUAUCAAAGGAGAACCAGGUCAAAUGGGAGACAAGGGUGAGAUGGGCAGUCAAGGGAAAAAGGGUGUAGCUGGUAUUCCGGGGCGCAACGGUACAGAUGGACAAAAGGGUAAAAUUGGACGGAUUGGAGCUCCAGGCUGCAAAGGAGACUCAGGAGACAGAGGUCCCGAUGGUCACCCUGGAGAUGUCGGGGAGCGCGGCCAGCCAGGAUCUGAUGGAGACAAGGGGGAUGCUGGACGCCCUGGAAGAGCUGGUCCACCUGGAGACCCUGGAUCUCCUGGACCACGGGGGGAGAGAGGAAGUUCUGGGUCACCUGGUUUACCUGGACAAAAAGGGAACAGGGGGGAGAAAGGGCGUAAAGGACCCAGAGGCGUAGCUGGAAGAAGAGGAGACUAUGGCCAGAAAGGGAAAGUUGGGCCACCAGGCCUCAGAGGAGAACAGGGUGAACAGGGGCCUGAGGGCUUGAGAGGACUUCCAGGUGAAUCAGGAGUCCAAGGAUCAAAGGGAGACAAUGGCCUGCCAGGUCCCAGAGGAGCACCAGGGAUUCCAGGAGAUCCUGGGAGGAAUGGGAGUAGAGGAGAUCCUGGUGAUGCAGGACCAAGAGGAGAACCUGGACUUCCUGGACCAAAAGGGGACGUCGGAAGACCUGGCUUUGGAUAUCCAGGGCCAAGAGGACCUCCGGGUGAAAAAGGAGAGAAAGGCAAUCCUGGACCUCGCGGCAGCCGAGGAGAAUGCGGUCAAAAGGGUGAACCUGGAGAUAAAGGGCGUCCAGGAGACCCAGGGGAGCCUGGACCCACCGGGGAGCCAGGAUCCAGAGGACAGAGAGGAGAUCCUGGCCGAGACGGAGAUCCUGGGCCAGAGGGAGAUCCGGGCCUCACUGAAUGUGAUGUUAUGACCUACAUCAGAGAGACCUGCGGCUGCUGUGAUUGUGAGAAACGUUGUGGAGCUCUGGACAUUGUCUUUGUCAUUGACAGCUCAGAAUCUGUGGGUCUCACCAACUUCACCCUGGAGAAGAACUUUGUCAUCAACACAAUCAACAGAUUGGGAUCUUUCGCCAAAUCCCCAGACUCAGAAACAGGCACGAGGGUUGGAGUUGUUCAGUACAGCCACAGUGGAACCUUCCAGGCAAUCAGCCUUAAUGACUCCAAGAUCGACUCUUUGACUGCAUUCAAGGAAGAGGUGAAGCGUUUGGAGUGGAUUGCAGGAGGAACAUGGACUCCAUCUGCUCUGAAAUAUGCCUACGACAACCUGAUCAGGGACAGUCGGAGGGCCAAGGCCAAAGUCACCGUGGUUGUCAUUACCGAUGGACGCUUCGACCCAAGAGACAAUGACACAUUGCUCACCUACUUGUGCAGAGAUCCCAGCAUUGAUGUGAGUGCCAUCGGGAUUGGAGACAUGUUUGAUCAGAUUGAGGAGAAUGAGAGUCUGAACAGCAUCGCCUGUCAGCGGGAAGGCAGGGUGAUGGGAAUGAGACGCUUUGCUGACCUCGUCGCUGAGGAGUUCAUCGAUAAGAUUGAGACUGUGCUCUGUCCAGAUCCUGUCAUUGUAUGUCCUGAUCUUCCAUGCAAAUCUGAGCCUGCCGUAGCGAGUUGUGUCCAGCGGCCGGUGGACGUGGUCUUCCUGCUGGAUGGUUCUGAGAGGAUGGGCUUGGAGAACCACCGCAGGGCCAAAGAGUUCAUCGAGAAUGUGGCCCGUCGUCUCAUCUUGGCCAACAACGCCACAGACAGCCGGAGAGCCCGUUUGGCUUUGCUGCAGUACGGCAACCCCGUAGAACAGAGGGUGGAGUUCCCGCUCACGCACGAGCUCGAGGUCAUCUCGGAUGGUCUGGCCAAUGUGAACUACAUGGAUUCGUCUUCGGCUCUGGGCAGCGCUAUCAUCUAUGCUGUCAACAACCUGGUGAUCAAACAGGAUGGCCGUCGUCUGUCUCGCCGCAACGCAGAGGUGGCGUUUGUGUUCAUCACCGACGGCAUCACAGCCACGGAUCAGCUGGAUGAGGGCAUGAGUGCCAUGAAGAGAGCAGAGGGUGUUCCCACGGUGAUCGCCAUGGGGAGCGACACCGACGAGGAGGUGCUACACAAGGUGUCACUAGGCGACUCGUCAGCCAUCUUCAGGGGAAAUGACUACAACAUGCUGAGCAAACCCGCCUUCUUCGAGCGCUUCGUCCGCUGGAUAUGCUAGUGAGGAACUGCCGAGCUCUGGAGGUCGUGAGUCGACGUAGGACCAGCUCCUUCAAACACCCAGAGACACCCCUCUGUGGUCAUUAUCACUCCCGGAUGUAAGGCACUGAGACGGCUGUUGAUGAGGAGAAAAAUUUGGACCAGCAAAAAAAAUAACAGAUGCAGGAGCAGUACACACUCAUAAACACACAAAAGACUCCCUUCAACUAAGAAAAGGAGCAAAAUGUGUUACAAAAACACGUUUUCGGCUGUUGUUUUUCAAAUAAAUUCUUUGCAGCAAGUCUCAAACACACAAUUUCUCUUUUUUUAGAGUUACUCUUUACUUUAAAGGUGCUAUGGGGGUUUAAAAAAAAGCCAUGUGAGGGUUUCAGAUUUAGGGGAUUAUUUUUAAUAUUUUUUAUUUUUUUUGUUACUUCUUCAUAUGCUGUAAUGAUUCUAGUUUUCAGGGCAUAAAGUGAUUUAAACUUGUCUUCAGGAGCACACAAAUAUCCCAUAUUCAGGUACAUCAUUUCCACCCAUGACAACACAAACAUGUGAACGAAAGAAAUCUGUACACAGACUGUCAAAAUAAAGUUUAACUUUGUGACACCA